CUCCCUCUGUCUGAGGCUAUGAGAGGGAGAAAGGAGCCCCAGGCUUCACCACCAUGCCAGUUCUGAGACACAGGGAGGAGAUUUGGGCUGGCAAUACUCACGGGAUUGCAUUUACACUCCUCCAUCAUGCUCGUCUGCCACCACCACUCCUCCACUUCUCCCCUGGACUGGCGGAUCCCUCCCACGCCUCCCCUUCCCGAAAUCUCCGCCCCCCGGCGGCGGACCGCCCUCUCCGCCCUCUCCCUCUUCUGCAUCUGCCUCCUCCUCGUCCCCGUCUGCGAAUCCCGGAGGGACAAGGGCGGAGGGGGCGGGGCAGGGGGAGGGGAGAGGGGUGGGGCUGGGAUCAUGCCGCCACACUACGCCCCCGUGGCGCCCCCUCCGCCACCUCCCCCAAAGAUCGCGCAGGGCCUGAGCAUCGCCGUGGUGCUGGUGGGCAACUCUAGCGAGGUGGCACUGGCAGAGGGCCGGGAGAAGGAGGACUUCCUGUACAUGCCGCUCCCGCCCAACGUGGAGCUGGUUACCAUGAAUGAGACCGACCCCAAGAGCAUCAUCACCCGCAUCUGCGACCUGAUGACCAAGUCCUGGCUGCAGGGCGUGGUGUUCGGGGAUGACACUGACCAGGAGGCCAUCGCCCAGAUCCUGGACUUCAUCUCCGCGCAGACGCACAUCCCCAUCCUGGGAAUCCGGGGGGGCUCAUCCAUGAUCAUGGCUGCCAAGGAUGACAAUUCCAUGUUCUUCCAAUUUGGCCCCUCGAACGAACAGCAGGCCUCAGUCAUGCUGAACAUAAUGGAGGAGUAUGAUUGGUACAUUUUCUCCAUUGUCACCACCUACUAUCCCGGCUACAAGGACUUUGUCAAUAAGGUGCGCAGCACCAUCGAGAACAGCUUUGUGGGGUGGGAGCUGGAGGAGGUGCUGCUGCUGGACAUGUCGCUGGACGACGGCGACUCCAAGAUCCAGAACCAGCUGAAGAAGCUGCAGAGCCCCGUCAUACUGCUCUACAGCACCAAGGAGGAGGCCACCACCAUAUUCCAGGUGGCCCACUCGGUGGGGCUGACGGGCUACGGGUACACCUGGAUCGUCCCCUCGCUGGUGACCGGAGACGCUGACAAUGUGCCGGCCGAGUUCCCUACAGGUCUGAUCUCUGUGUCAUAUGAUGAGUGGGACUAUGGCCUGGAGGCCAGAGUUCGUGACGGGGUGGCCGUCAUCGCCAUGGCAACCUCCACCAUGAUGCUCGACCGGGGGCCGCACACUCUUCUGAAAUCCGAAUGCCACGGGGCCCCAGACAAAAAAGGUCCAAGUGCCGGGAACCCCAACGAAGUGCUCAGGUACCUCAUGAACGUGACGUUUGAGGGGCGCAACCUCUCCUUCAGCGAGGACGGCUAUCAGAUGCACCCCAAACUGGUUAUCAUCCUGCUGGACAAGGAGCGCAAAUGGGACAGGGUGGGCAAGUGGGAGAACGGCUCGCUGUCGAUGAAGUACCACGUGUGGCCGCGCUUCGAGCUGUACUCGGAUGCCGAGAACCGGGACGACGACCACCUGUCCAUCGUCACGCUGGAGGAGGCUCCCUUCGUCAUCGUGGAGGACGUGGACCCUCUGAGCGGCACCUGCAUGCGGAACACGGUGCCCUGCAGGAAGCAGCUGAAGAUUCUUAACCAAACGAGAGAUUCCGGGGUCUACAUAAAGCGCUGCUGCAAAGGCUUCUGCAUUGACAUAUUGAAGAAGAUCGCGAAGUCCGUCAAGUUCACCUACGACCUUUACCUGGUCACCAAUGGCAAACAUGGCAAGAAGAUCAACGGGACCUGGAACGGCAUGGUUGGAGAGGUGGUGUUGAAGAACGCUCACAUGGCAGUUGGCUCCCUAACCAUAAACGAGGAGAGGUCGGAGGUCAUCGACUUUUCGGUGCCCUUCAUAGAGACGGGCAUCAGCGUCAUGGUCUCCCGCAGCAACGGCACCGUCUCCCCCUCCGCCUUCCUAGAGCCCUUCAGUGCGGAUGUGUGGGUGAUGAUGUUCGUUAUGCUGUUGCUGGUGUCAGCGGUGGCUGUCUUCGUAUUUGAGUAUUUCAGCCCCGUUGGUUACAAUCGCUGUCUGGCAGAUGGGAGAGAGCCCGGGGGCCCCUCUUUCACCAUCGGCAAGGCCAUCUGGCUGCUCUGGGGCCUGGUCUUCAACAACUCCGUCCCAGUGCAGAACCCCAAGGGCACCACCAGCAAGAUCAUGGUCUCCGUCUGGGCCUUCUUCGCUGUCAUCUUCUUGGCCAGCUACACUGCCAACCUGGCGGCCUUCAUGAUCCAGGAGGAGUAUGUGGACCAGGUGUCUGGGCUGAGUGACAAAAAGUUCCAGAGGCCCAACGACUUCUCUCCGCCGUUUCGGUUUGGGACGGUGCCCAACGGUAGCACGGAGAGGAACAUCCGGAACAACUACAAGGAGAUGCACACCUACAUGGUGAAGUUCCACCAGAAGAACGUGGACGAGGCGCUGUACAGCCUCAAGACGGGUAAACUGGACGCCUUCAUCUACGAUGCGGCGGUGCUCAACUAUAUGGCUGGGAGAGACGAGGGCUGUAAGCUGGUGACCAUCGGCAGCGGGAAGGUCUUCGCCUCCACUGGCUACGGGAUUGCCAUACAGAAGGACUCUGGCUGGAAGAGGCAGGUUGACCUGGCCAUCCUUCAGCUCUUUGGAGACGGUGAGAUGGAGGAGCUGGAGGCGCUGUGGCUGACGGGAAUCUGCCACCACGAGAAGAACGAGGUGAUGAGCAGCCAGCUGGACGUGGACAACAUGGCGGGGGUGUUCUACAUGCUGGGCGCGGCCAUGGCGCUCUCCCUCAUCACCUUCAUCUGCGAGCACCUCUUCUACUGGCAGCUGCGCUUCUGUUUCAUGGGCGUGUGCUCCGGCAAGCCGGGCAUGACCUACUCCAUCAGCAGGGGCAUCUACAGCUGCAUCCACGGGGUCCAGAUCGAGGAGACCAAGUCGGCUCUCAACUCCCCCUCCGCCACCAUGAACAACACCCACUCCAACAUCCUGCGGUUGCUCCGCACCGCCAAGAAUAUGGCCUCCCUUUCGGGGGUCAACGGCUCCCCGCACAGCGCCCUGGACUUCAUCCGCCGCGAGUCGUCAGUCUACGAUAUCUCCGAGCACCGCCGCAGCCUGGCCGGCCACUCCGACUGCAAGCCGCCUUACCUGCCGGAGGACAACAUGUUCAGCGACUAUAUCAGUGAGGUGGAGAGGACUUUCGGGAACUUGCACCUGAAGGAUAGCAACCUGUACCAGGAUCACUACCUGCACCACCACCCAGGGUCGGGGCCACUAGGUUUGGGCAUGUCUGGUCCCCCACCCAACAGACCACAUAGUCUGGGGAGUGCCAGCUCCCUGGAGGGAGGCAUGUACGACUGUGACAGUUUAGGGGGUGGGGUGGCCCCGAUUUUCACCACCCAGCCCCGGGCCUCUCUGACACACAGGAACAAUAAAUUUGACCUGAUUGCCGGCCAGACUCAGUCCUCCGGUCCAGGGUUCAAGCAAGGUCUGGCCGAUCUCUACGGGAAGUUCUCCUUCAAGGGCGGGGCGUCCAGUUCAGGGUUCAUCGCGGGACAUGACAGGUACUGCGGGGUAGGGGGCGGCGGGGAUGACGGCAACAUCCGCUCGGACGUGUCGGAUAUUUCCACGCACACCGUCACCUACGGCAACCUGGAAGGGAACGCCAAGAAGCGCAAGCAGUACAGGGACAGCCUGAAGAAGAGGCCCGCCUCGGCAAAGUCACGGCGUGAGCUGGACGAGAUCGAGCUGGGGUACCGGAGGCGGCCCCACCACAUCGGCCAUCACCACUACCACGGCCACCAGGGACACCGCUCGGCCUCCCCACCCCUCCUGCCCUCGGAGCGGAAGAGCCAGAGAGGUGGCGCCGGGGGGAACUGCUCGUCGUAUUUGUAUCGCGACAAAGAAAGUUUGCGAGAUUUCUACCUGGACCAGUUUCGCCCCAAGGAAGGGGUGCCGCAGUGGGAACAUGUGGAUUUGACUGACGGGCCCGGUGGGGGUGGAGGGGGCAGUAGUGGCGGGGGUAAUUGCACAAGUUUGGUAACAGUGGAGGAUUUCCUGAAAGGCAAAAGCAAGAAGACAGAUUGUAAGAGCGGGGUGGUGGGAGGGGCAGGUUCCUCUGCCCCGGGGCAACAGACGCAAGGGUGCUGGGAGAAAAAUGUGCCGGGCGUUAGCAGCACAGGUUUGACGGGGGGAGACUGGGAGUGUCGAAAUUGCCGGGCGAGCGGCGGAGGAGGCAAACAGAUGAUGCAUGGGGGCGGGGGUGGGGGGUACGGAGGAGGACAAGGAGGAGGUAGCUGCGGGACAUCAGGGGGUGGUCUAGGGGGCGGAAACAGCCGUCCCAGCUCCGCCACCUGCAUGCGGUGUGAGGCAUGCAAGAAAACGGGCAACCUGUACGACAUCAGUGAGGACAAUAACCACCUUUUGGAACAGCUGGGAGGCAAAUAUGCCAUGGAGGGCGGGAAAGGAGGGGUGAUCGGGGGUGUGGGCGUCGUCGGCGGGGUGGGGGUGCAAUCACAGACCCAGGCCCAACGUCGAAAAGGCAGUCUAGGCGGCAAGCCUUUGCGGAGGCAGCAUUCGUAUGACACGUUUGUGGAUUUGCAAAAAGAGGAGGCAGGCGGGGUCGGGGGUGUCAUGGGCGGUCUGGGAGGGGGCGGAGCUGGGGGCGUAGGAGGUGGAGGGGUGGCAGGGAUGUUGCCAACACCCAGGAGUGUAAGUCUGAAAGACAAAGAUCGCUUUAUGGAGGGUGGCAGCCCCUAUGCCCAUAUCUUUGAGAGACACGGAGGAUCGGAGAGAGAGAGAGACCGAGACCGAGACCCGCUGUUUUUUGGUGGGGAGAAGGGCAAAGGGGGGUCACCCUUCGGGCUGUUCCGAGGAGGUGAGGGAGGGCUGCACCGUCGGUCAGUGGGAGAGAGAGAUAGAGAUAGAGGGAUGAUGGGAGGUGGAGGAGCAGGGAUCGGGGCGUACUCCUUGUCCAAAUCUCUCUAUCCAGAUAGGGUGAACCAGAACCCCUUCAUCCCCACCUUUGGCGAUGACCAGUGUCUUUUACACGGCGCCAAAUCGUACUACGUCAAAAAGCAACAGCAGCAGCAGCAGCUCCCCAAAAACAGCCGGAGUGACUUCAGAGGCUCGAUGGGCGUGACGUCCUUUUUGCCCGCCUCGGCCACUGCAGGGGUGUUGUCCAACGUCGCCCCCAGGUUCCCCAAGGAGCUGUGUCUGGGGGGGCCCCUGGGAAACCACCCCGGCGGCAACAAGCUGCUGUCAGCCAGGGACGGGCUAGGGGUGGGAGCAGCACAGAGGCCAUUCAACGGCUCCAGCAAUGGACACGUCUACGAGAAGCUGUCCAGUAUAGAGUCUGAUGUGUGAAGGCGGGAGAGCUGGAGGGGCAGGGGAAAGGGGAGAGGGACAUUGAGAUGAGAGGGGCGUGGUGAUAUGACGUCUGUACUGUGACUCGUCUGUAGUAGUGGUCGCAGAGAGAAGGGUAGAGUAGAGUGAAAAUCCAGUACAGACAAAAGGACCAAGGUGGAAGAAAGAGGGAACCAAGAGAGAAGCAGAUGAGUCUUGCUAUGGUGAGAGAAACAGGGAAGGAAAGAGGGAAACUACUGUCUGCUCAGGACAAAGAGAGGGAGUUCAUGGUUGAAAUGGAAAGUAAUACAACAGAAAGAAACUGUGGACCGAUGCAUAAGAUAAUCCAAGACAUCCACAAGUUAGUUUGGCCUCAACUUUCAAUGGCAAAUUUAAGGCAGCCAUACUUUUAUAAUAAAUAAUCGAGCAUUUAUUUCUUUUCAUUUAAAAUGAAAUAAACACACACAAUGUUUGUGCAGGGACUAAAUAUAGAUUAGUAACAUUUCCUCAAAUUCAAUAUUGAAAGUUAGAGCCAAAACGCCGAAGCUUGAUCGGAUUCAAUCACUCCCUCCGCUGUCGUCCCUCUUAAAACUGCAAAAACAAAGAAGAAAGAGGAAGAGGAGAAGGCCAAGGAUGAAGAAAGAAAGCAGAGCUUUCCAAACAAAAUGAAAGAGACUGCAAGAGGGUUGAAACCAGUUUACGGUGUACCUCCAUUUUUAUCUCGGUCAUUCAUUUCUUCGUUCCUACUCUCUUCUCUCUUCCUCUCCUCCUCUCUUCCACUGUUCCUGAAUGCCAAGACAAGUGCUUCUCUGACUUGUUUGCUAUGAAAAUACAAUCAUGGAUGAAAAUAGAAUUCUUACUGAAGUAACAGGGUAAAAUAACAAUAAUAAUAUGACUAAUAUUGUGAGUAAUGAAGAUAAUA